AGGGAUAUUAAAGCUCAAAUCAAUACAAUUUUUAGUGCCCAAAAGCAUUACAUACGUUUUUCCUUACGUAUAACAAUAACAAAAAUUGACAAUUUUAAGGUUAAAACACAUAACUUAUUUCGAUAUAUUAUAGUUUUAAGUGUAAAUAAAACCAAUCUGGUUUACGUAAUUAACUACCGACGUUAGUUCCGAAGAUGCUUCGUCGCGCGCGCGCUGCUGACAACGAAGAUUACCGAAUGUCUGCAAGCAUGGACACCGAUGACGAAAAUACAUCUGAAGAGGAACAUAUAAGAUGUGAUGUAGAUAGAGUGGUACGGGGGCAGGGAGGCAGAGGUCAAAGAAGAGUAAGGAGAGCAGGACGCAUGACCAGAGGUAGAGGGUUGACAACGCGUCGAAGUCGUGGACGUGGUGGACAAGAUCAGACCCCCAACAGAGCUGAAAUAGCAGCAACUGCCAGAGUAGAAAGAUCCACAGAAUUGAAGGAGCGCAUUAAUAACCUUCCAGAAGAAAACGUGCGAGAGCUGCUCUUUGAUGUCACCAAAAAGUAUCCAGCUUUAGUGUUUGAUAUUCUUGAGGCAGGAAGCAGGACUAGGGUGCAGCAAGGAUAUCACCCAUCGCCCGACCAGGGAAGCCCAAACUGGUGUUCCUGCAGGAAUUGUAGAGAAAUGCCAACCGAAGCAGAACGGCUAUGCUGUGGACAAUUGCCAGAGAACUGCUUCUCCAGGAUCCGAGAUUUUGACCUUGUGGUUCUAGAUGAGUUGAUCCUUCAUGUUGCCAGAACAUAUAGGCAAGAUGUCCUGGCAGUUCCAAAUGACAACGAUUGGAACAGGGGUAACCGUCAUACUGCCUACAGGCAAUACAUUCUCUGGCAGCAUGGCCGACUUGGUGCUGGGAAUCGUCGAGUGAUUCCAAGCUGUUGCGUGUGGAGGAUUAGAGAUACUUUUCCUGAUCCUUUUGGACAAUAUUCAGGGUUUGUGCAUGGCAGACUAGCAUAGCAGUCCCUACCAACUCCAGACUUUUAAAAUCUCAUUGCACUGAUGUUUGUAUAUGAAAUAUGUGUAACAGUAUAUCAAUUAGAGAUUAAAACUCAUACAUCUUUUAAAAUUUAA